AUGGAAGGCAUUCAGCUCACUACGGUCAGGAGCAAUGUCUCUGUCCGCAGCAGCGGCCGCAGAAGAGCCGAUAUGGGCCAACCUUCGAGUCCCGAUGAUAGCUCCCCUACCGAGAAGGAGAAUCUCAACAGCGGCCCAGGACACCGCGGUCGUCGACGAAGAAUGGGCGAGGGUCUCACCCGCACCGGUACCGAUGGCGAUGCUUCAUUGAACGCAAUGGGCAAACUGUACAACAAGAUUAUUGGCUUCUCUGUCGUCACUCGAUACCUCGUAUACGUCGUUCCCGUCGGUCUUCUCCUGGCCAUUCCCCUAAUUGUCUUGGCUGCCAUUGGCAAGAAGGACGCCCUUCCUAUUGGUAAAUUCGCCAGCGAUGGCGACCGAGCUGGUGAUGACGGUCCUCCUCUCUUCAAGAUCUUCCUUUGGGUUCUUAUUAUGUGGUUGUCGUGCUGGGCUGCCAAGGUUGUUGCUUGGUUUUUGCCCUCCAUCUUCAUGUUCUUUACUGGAGUCGUCAGCAAGGGCACUCGCAAGUACGCAACUGUUCUUCAAAACCUUAUCCUUCCCUUUUCCUUCUUCUUCUGGGCCCUGGCUUCUUAUGUCACCUUCAAGAACCUAUGGCAGAAUGAGGAUGGAAGCAAGACUUAUGUUCCUUGGGUACGCACCAUGGGUCGUGUCUUGGGCGCUCUCUUUGUUUCAUCCGCCGUCUUCCUUGGUGAAAAGGCAAUUGUGCAACUCAUUGGUAUUUCAUACCAUCAGCGCUCCUUCGCCAACCGUAUCAGGGAGUCCAAGCGAGAGGUUCAUCUUCUUGGACUUCUUUUCGAUGCUUCCCGAACUCUCUUCCCUCUUCACUGUCAAGAAUUUGCCGAUGAGGAUGCCGUCAUCAACGAUAGCAUUGAGGUGCUGCUCCGCGGUAAGAAGGGUCACAAGCGAAAUGGCUCUGCUACUCCCAUGAAACUCAUUGGAGAGGUCGGAAAGGUUGGAGACAAGGUCGCCUCCGUUUUCGGUAACCUCGCCUCGGAGAUCGCUGGAAAGCAAGUCUUCAACCCCAACUCGGCUCACUCCAUCGUUAUUGAAGCUCUUGAGAAGGCCAAGUCAUCAGAGGCCAUGGGUCGUCGUAUUUGGAUGUCCUACGUCGUUGAGGGUCACGAAUCACUCACUCAGGAGGAUUUCCACGAGGUUCUCGGACCUGCUUACAAGGAAGAGGCUGAGGAGGCAUUCUUCAUGAUUGAUGGUGAUGACAACGGUGAUAUCAGUCUCGACGAGAUGGUUAGAAAGACGGUCGAGAUUGGUGUCGAGCGAAAGGCCAUCGCCGAGGGUAUGAAGGACAUCGGUCAAGCUCUUCAAGCUUUCGAUAAGAUUCUCCUCGUCGUUGUCCUGUUGAUUGUCAUCUUUGUUUUCCUCGCCUUCUUCCAGAGCAGCUUCAUCGCGACUCUCACCACUGCCGGAACGACCCUUCUUUCACUCUCUUUCAUCUUCGCGGUUACUGCCCAGGAGUUCCUCGGUUCUUGUAUCUUCCUGUUCGUCAAGCACCCUUACGAUGUCGGUGACCGCGUCGACAUCACCAGCACCAAGAUGGUCGUCAACAAGAUCUCCCUCUUGUACUCGGUCUUCCACCGCCUUGACACUAUGCAGACCGUCCAGAUUCCCAACAUUCAACUCAACAACAUGUGGAUCGAGAAUAUCUCUCGUAGUAAGUCCAUGCACGAGACUAUCGAAGUCAACGUUUCAUUCGACACAUCUUUCGAAGAUAUUGAGCUGCUCCGCCUUGAGAUGGAGAAGUUCGUCCGUCUGCCCGAGAACGCCCGUGACUUCCAGCCCGAUCUUAGCAUUAGCGUCGGCGGUGUCGGUAACCUCGAUAAGCUGCUGCUCUAUGUUACCAUCGCUCACAAGUCCAACUGGCACAACGACUCUGUCCGUGCCAGCCGUCGCUCUAAGUUCAUGUGUGCUCUGGCCCUGGCUCUGAAGAAGGUUCCUCUUAUUGCGCCUGGUGGUGGCGGUGAGCCUCUCGGUGGACCUACCAACCCUUCAUACUCUGUCACUGUCACCGAUGAGUUUGCCAAGAACAGCCGUGAUGAGGCCGCCAAGGCCACUGACGAAGCUCGUAUGGUACCAACCUCAAAGCAGGAGAACACCGCUGAAGCUGAGGCCGCGGCUGCUGAAGGCUUUAACUCGCGUCCUCCUGCCGCUGGCCUUGGUGUCUGGGAUAACAGCGACAACCACACGCUGGGCUCUCACGACGAUGAGAUGCACCGUAACAGAGAUAUUGAAAACCUGCGCACGGAUCUCAAGCGUGAGAGCACUCGCGGCCGCCGCAAGGCUGGUGAAGCUAUUCCUUCACUUUCGCUUGAGACAGCUCCUCGCACUAGUAUCCAACUGACCCAAGCAAGCCCUCGCAGCGCUCGCAGUCCUCAGUAUGGUGCCUUCGACGAGGAGGCUGAGACUGGCAUGGGCUCGACACCCUAUCACUCCAACCUCGCUCCUUCAGCUUCCCAGCGGGGCUCUACAGGCUACCAACCCUAUGCUGGCAGCAGCAACAACAACAACAACAGCCAAUACAACACCAACAACCCUCUGUCAAGACCUGGUCAAGGACCAUCCGGACCACCUCCUCAAGGACCACCUCCCGCUCCCCAGCGCUAG